AUGCUUAAUAUGCAUGCGCUAAAUUUAACUUUGAAUUGGUUAUGCAAUGUGAUCAAUUUCUCAAAUGUUCAUCGAAGACUUUUAAUAUUUGCAUUUGAUCGUACAACCUACAAUACAAUUCGGAUCUCAUGGCCAGAAAUUAAAGUUAUCUUUUGGCCAUUACCUGAAAUGCACAAACAAUUUCAAAUGGGUGAUAGUCGUUAUCAAAUGUUGCAAUAUUUUCGUGCAAAAUUAUGUACAUAUUUAGCUAGUAUAGGCCGUGAUUUUUGGAUGAUCCAACCGGAUACUUAUUGGCGCAAAAAUCUGUUCGAAAUUGCGAACACUAGUCAGAUGAUGAACUUAAAUGGUAAUCUACUUUUCGAUCAAGAAGGUGAUAAAGGUUUGUUGAUUGAAAUGAUCGCUGGUGGAUAUUUUUUUGUCAAAUCAAGUCCUAAGUCAGAAUGCUUUUUCAAAGAGCUUUCAAGGCAGUUGGAGUAUUACUAUGCUACGGAUAAUAAUAUCAUGGGAGCAUUAUGUAUCACACAAUAUUGCGGCAAUAAGUGCGCAUUCAUACCUUACAGUUUGAUCAGUAAUUGGCGAUGGUAUUGGAGUGAAAAAACUUCUAUUCCAGCAUUGCUACAAUUCGAUAGUAGCUUAAGUUCAAAUAAAAAAUUUGAAAAUAUGAAAAAGCUUGGUGCUGAAUUUGUAAAUAUCACCCAAAUCAAAAAACAUUAUCGAGCUAAAUGCUUUAUUCGGAAGGCAAUAAUGCCGGAAAAAGCUAUUCCUGAAUGGCCAGUCUUUUUUUCUUAUAUUUAG